AGCGGACGUCACACCCGGUGUGACUGUGAACAGCCGGCAGUAUUGAAGUCAGAAUUUGGAGUUGCUCUUUUUUUUAUUACUUUUUACCUUCUUUUAAAUCGUGCAAUCACAAUGACUUUCGAUGUUCGCAGGUUCGAUAUCUACAGGAAAGUGCCCAAAGAUCUCACCCAGCCAACCUAUACAGGAGCUUUCAUUUCAAUAUGCUGCUGCGUCUUUAUGCUGUUCCUGUUUCUCUCAGAACUGACGGGAUACAUAAGCACAGAAAUAGUAAAUGAACUGUAUGUCGAUGACCCUGAUAAGGACAGUGGUGGGAAGAUAGAUGUGAGUUUAAACAUCAGUUUGCCAAACUUACACUGUGAUUUGGUGGGUUUAGACAUUCAAGAUGAGAUGGGACGUCAUGAAGUGGGCCUCAUAGAGAAUUCAAUGAAGGUGCCGCUCAACAACGGUUAUGGCUGCCGCUUUGAAGGAGAAUUCAUUAUUAAUAAAGUUCCAGGAAACUUUCAUGUGUCGACACACAGCGCGACCGCUCAGCCUCAGAACCCUGAUAUGACCCACAUCAUUCACAAACUGUCUUUUGGGCAAAAGCUGGAGGUGCAACAUGUCCAGGGUGCCUUCAAUGCUUUGGGUGGAGCCAACAGACUUCAGUCCAAUGGUUUGGCUUCCCAUGAUUACAUUCUCAAGAUCGUCCCCACGGUUUACGAGGAGCUGGGGGGAAAUCAGAGAUUUUCGUACCAGUACACAGUGGCGAAUAAGGAAUAUGUGGCAUACAGCCAUACAGGACGCAUUAUACCUGCGAUCUGGUUUCGCUAUGACCUCAGUCCAAUAACAGUAAAGUACACUGAGAGGAGACAGCCGUUAUACCGCUUCAUUACCACGAUAUGCGCUAUUAUCGGCGGCACGUUUACAGUAGCGGGCAUCAUUGACUCCUGCAUAUUCACAGCCUCGGAAGCCUGGAAGAAAAUUCAGAUCGGAAAAAUGUCAUGAGUGAAGACUGAAGAUUUUUCAUUUGUGCCAGCCAAACCUCUACAUCCCAUCAGUUUUCCAACAUCUGGAAGAAUCUUAUUAAAUGGACUUCUUUGUUUAUUUCCUACACUAAAUUAUAAAGAUUUGCUGAACUUUAUUUGUCAAAUGGAGGUGAUUUCUCUAUCUGGCUGCCACAUUUCAAGAUUUCACAUUCAGUGUUUUAUAGGAUUUAUGUGGAAAGAACUUGAUUUCCACUUAUAUGAAGGACUCCAGGGUUUUCUCGUUCAAACAGAGAGUUUUAUAGGAAUACUUUUAAGUGUUAAAUGUGGAGAAUGAUGUCACUUUAGAUGUAUCGUAUUGUAAUGGUUUACAUUAAAUUUUUACUUAAAGAUUUCCAACCGGUUCCUCUGGCCUUUGUACAACAGCCAAGUCAUGAAUUACAUUAUAUAAGUGAUUGGAUAUUUGAUUGUAUAUGUGCCUUUUAUUAAGUCUUUCUCUAUCUAUUGAAAACUAUCAAGGACCCCAGGUCAAUUCAUACCAAAAAGCUAAAGAUAUCAAUGACAAGUUUUGCAUAGGCUUUGCAUAAUAAAGGUUAAGCCUGUUUUUAAAUAUUAUGAAUUCUUUUUCAGUAUUUUCAUGACAGGGGAGUAAGGUUUUUUUCUUUGUAAUUCUCAUUACCACAAUGCAAAAGAAACUAAAGUGUUUGGUGGAACAGUGGUUCUCUGUUAGCGUGGGUUUUAUUUAAUAAAAUUUUUAAAGUAUGUUUAACUGUAAUACAGUACAAGCUACUGUAUUUCAGUAAAUCAUAAAAUCUUAGAUGAUCACUGUUGAGAAUAAUAAAUAUCACAAAAAAGCUUCAACUUACAUUACUUGAGAAUUUGGGAGAAAAAAAUGUGCUUAUCUGUUGUUGAAAUAUCUGUGUAGAAAACAUUUUGUUUAAGUACGCUUCAUUUCCUUUAAGCAAAAUAUUUUCUGUUUUGUUUUGGAGUAAAUGUUACCAGGACAUGUUUUCAUGGGAUUCACCUGUUAAAGCAACGCAUGAUGGACUUUUUUGAGAAGUGUUGAUGUAGUAUACGCUGGGUGUUGUUUUUCAUGGCACAUUUGUUUUUUUUACAGUAAUGCCUGCAUCAUCCUAGAUGUAUAUUUCAGUUUCUUCUGUAGUUUUAUGUAAAGCGUUCAACUGAGGGGAAAUUUCGAAUACUUUCCUAUUUAAACAAUCUUGAAUGAAGUUUUUUUUAGGCUCCCUUACUGAUGAUUUUAUUUCCUCUGUCUAUAUAUGUUUAUUGGUUAAACUUUUAUUUUGAAAAGUGUGCUGGGAAAUGUCUCAUUAUCUUCCUGUCAAGUGUUCAUUUCUCAUCAUUGUUUGAGUAUGUUGUGAAACCUGUUAUACUGGACUGAGUGUUUUCAGUUUCAUAUAUGUGCCGUAUUGAUGCUGAUAGCACACUUUACAUGGCAACAAGUGUAUUAACACUACAGAAAACCACAACCUACAUUUCAGCUCAUAGUUUCGUUAUUAAAUCAUGAUCUUUUGAAAGUUUUGCCGUUUAUCUUUGUUGAAACUCUGAUGCGGUCUUAUCAGGUUUAAGUUUUACAUCAAAAUCACUACUUUAUUAUUUACACUUUUUUUAAAUCCAGCAUGAAUUUAAAGAAGGCUAUUUUAAGAUUUGACCUGUGAUAAGUUGACAUAACUUUUUAUGUUACUUUAACUUAGCAAAUUAAGUUAAACAAGAAAUGCUGCAUUUUUUGUUGUUGUUACGGUUUAACCAUGUGGACGUCAUCUUGUGGGUUUUUCCUCUUACCAUGUUUGUUUACUCUGUCGUGUAAAACCACAAAAACAACUUUUGUUUUGUUUUUUUAAUAAUUGUUUCAAAUGUUUUAAUAAAAGUAAACCAUGUUGAUAAA